UACAAGAAACAUUUCUUCCACAUCUAAAACGAGAAAUUUCCGCCGCCUCUCUCUCUCUCUCUCUCGCCAUCACUGUAACGCGCCUACGAGACCGGACCAUUCUUCACUCCUCUCCCCUUUUCUCAUCGUACGUUUCUUUCUUUCUUCUUUUUCACAUUCUCUUUCUGACUCUCAUCCUUCCACUUAUAAAAGUGAAAAAUUGAAUCUUUUCCCAAUACAGAACGAGAAAAUUCGACCCCUUUUUCUCUCUCAUGUUUUCGAUCAUCUUGGGUUUCCCUCGAAUUCUGGUGGGUCGUCUCGUUUCUCUCCUGAUUUCAGUUUCUUCUCCGUAGAGAGAGAGAGAGAGACCCGUUAAGAAGAAAGAACAUAAAGGAGGUUUUCUCGUGCUCUUGGGUUUUGCAGUUCACGUGAGCCACCAUUAAUGCCAUUUUGUUUUCUUCUUCAGCUAAAUUAGAGCCUCUGGUAGUCGAGUAUUGGGGAUUUUUCCCGCAAGUAGAAGUGAUUAGCUAUGUUGAAUUUUGCUAGAGCAAGAAGCCAAGGGAGGCAUAACAGAUCUAUGUCUCUUGGAGAUCUUGGUGAUUUUGGGACUGUAGGACUUGAUUAUGCAGACCCAAAGAGGAAAAACAAUUACUUGGGGAAGGUUCUUUUGGCUGCUUCCCUUACAGCCCUUUGCAUUUUCAUGCUCAAACAAUCCCCCUCAUUCAAUACCCCAAGUGUGUUUUCCCGGCAUGAACUUGGGGUUACCCAUGUGUUAGUCACUGGUGGUGCUGGUUAUAUCGGCUCUCAUGCAGCUUUACGGCUUCUGAAGGAUUCGUAUCGUGUGACCAUUGUGGACAAUCUUUCGCGUGGAAAUAUUGGUGCUGUCAAGAUUUUGCAAGAGUUGUUUCCUGAACCUGGAAGGCUUCAGUUUAUUUAUGCCGAUCUUGGAGAUGCUAAGGCCGUGAACAAAAUAUUUUCAGAGAAUGCAUUUGAUGCAGUGAUGCAUUUUGCUGCAGUUGCUUAUGUUGGGGAAAGCACUCAAGAUCCUCUCAAGUAUUAUCACAAUAUUACAUCAAAUACAUUAGUGGUAUUAGAGGCGAUGGCUUCUCAUCGUGUCAAGACUCUAAUAUAUUCAAGCACAUGUGCCACUUACGGGGAGCCUGAAAAGAUGCCAAUUACAGAAGAUACUCUUCAGGUACCGAUCAAUCCAUAUGGAAAGGCUAAGAAGAUGGCAGAAGAUAUAAUCUUGGAUUUCUCUAAGAAUUUGGACAUGGCAGUUAUGAUCCUAAGAUAUUUCAACGUGAUCGGAUCUGAUCCAGAGGGCAGACUGGGUGAAGCCCCGAGGCCUGAGUUACGAGAGCAUGGACGGAUAUCCGGUGCUUGCUUUGACGCUGCACGAGGCAUCAUCCCGGGCCUGCAGGUUAAAGGAACAGACUACAAAACCAGUGAUGGAACUUGCGUUCGGGAUUACAUUGAUGUCACUGACUUGGUCGAUGCCCAUGUUAAGGCUCUUGAAAAGGCAAAACCCCAUAAAGUCGGAAUCUUUAACGUCGGGACAGGAAAGGGUAGUUCGGUGAAGGAGUUUGUGGAGGCGUGCAAGAAGGCAACAGGGGUCGAUAUCAAAGUGGACUACCUGCCCAGACGGCCGGGGGACUAUGCGGAAGUUUACAGUGAUCCGAGCAAGAUCAGGAGGGAACUGAAUUGGACAGCUCGGUUCACGAAUCUCCAAGAGAGCUUGGAGGUUGCUUGGAGAUGGCAGAAGCUGCACCGCCAUGGCUACGGACCAUCAUCCUCUUCCUCUGUCUCAGCUUACUGACCCAUUUGGUUUUGAUAGUGAUGGAGAGAAACUCAUUUUACAGGUAGAUGGUUUGAUUUUUGGGAUCUGAGAUGGGAAUGAGACACGUGCGUGUGAGUUUUGCUUGAUUGCUAUCAUUGAUAUAUUCAUUUGUAAUGGCUAUAGAGGUGGCUUUUA